AUGAUAAAGAUGCAUUAUUCAAGUGGGCUUGUGGGCUCUGCACCUAGCAUCCCGGUGCCCAGGAACCUCCUCUUUUCCGCUGCCAACGAGAAGGCGGCGUUGGUGUGGAGUCCGGCAGCGGUGUCAGCGGCCGUCUCGUCCGAUGUGUUACAAUCCGGGACGGGGAAAGGAGCGUCGACGUCCCCAUCGGGCUCUGGACAGGCUCAGCACCACCAGUCCCAGUCCCAUCAUCCCUCCUCCUCAUCGGCCCACAAUAGCAAUCACGGGGGACCCAGUGCCGGUCCAGGUGGGGGUGGUGGUGGAGGCGGUGGAGGAGCCGGUGGUCUCGUCCAUUGGAUGUCGGUGAUGGCCGAACAUGUCCAUGCUUCCCCUCAUCAUGAUGUCCACUACAUGUGGAAUGGGGUCGAGACGAAAAUGAGUUCGCCAGAGCACCACAACCCGUCAAUCCACAAAUGUUGCCACCGUACUGUGACUGAACACGAAGAUCUUGCUAGGGAAAACUUGUUCAGGCCCCAGCCGAGUGUGGAUCAGACGCGUCGUGUCCUUGAGUCUCCCAUCGAUCGACCUACCGCGGGUUCGAACAGCGUUUCGGAGGAAGGUACGUCGUUGCCUCAUUCACUGUAUCCAGGGGGGCACGGUGGGCGCCCUCCCAGCAGCGGGAGCAGUUCCUCACCCCCUGCCCCCUCCAGCUCCGCCUCUGCCUCUGGCGCUGUGGUCGUCCCACAGCCCAUCAAGGGCGGCUCCACGGGUGGGGGUCCACCCACUGCCAACGGUACGGGUCGCAAGUAUCAGUGCAAGAUGUGUCCUCAGGAAUGCAGUGGGCACGCGAGUGUCCCUCGGAACUUCGCUGGAGUCCAUGAUGGAAUUUCGCUCCUGGGCAUCCUCCCUGCCUCCCACGAAAGGUCACAUGAACUGAACAAAUCACACGAGUUACAAGUCCUGCUGAGUCAUCUCCGUGCUCCCAUCCAGCUUAUCUCCUGUGAAAAUCCCUCGUCCUGGUAA